AAAAUCGAGACAGGAAGUGACUUACUGCAGCUAGAUUCCCUUAGAUGCCAAUGUUCGGUUUGCCGGGAUACGAAACGGAUGGAGAGGACAGGCGUCGUGUUUACGGAAGAACGUGAGAGGUCGUGAAGAUGAGUUCUCAGCAGUAUCCACAUCCAGGACUCCCAUCUGGCCUGGGACAAGGGCAAACACCAGGCAGCAACACUACAGGACUUCCAGGAAGUCAGAAGAACACAGGAGGACAUGAAGACUCAAAUCAUGCUCCACGUGAGCUGAUGUCCAGCGGAUCCACAGCGUUCAGAGAUGACAAGCAGGAGACGGUAGUGGUGCGACCCUACCCCCAACCCCAGACUCAGCCCCCGCCCCACGGAACAGCUCAGUCUCUGCUCCCUCCUCUCCCUCAGCACCUUCCCAUCCAGCCAGGCGCACCUGUCUCUGUGUCAGCAGCACCAUCCCACCUCCCUCAGGGUCUUUCCCUAGCUUUCACUGAGGGUCCUCUGAAGUCUGCUCUGAAGACACCCAUGACAAGCCGUGUAAUAGCUCCAGCACCGGUGUCAACACCAGGCCACCUCACUCUCCCCCCCAAGGUGUCUGGUCAUAUCACCGCUACCAUGGAGUCUACACAGGCCUCUGGUAUUCCUGUCGCAACCAUCAGUGGUCAGCAGGGUCACAGCGGUAACCUGCAUCAUCUAAUGACCAACGUGCAAAUCAUCCGCAGUGGAGCCCCUGCUCUGCAAAUUGGCUCCUCUGCUGCUCCUCAGCAUCCCUUCACCUCCCAUUUACCCAGAGGAGCAGCUGCUGCAGCCGUGAUGUCAAGUUCCAAAGGAACCACAGUGCUGAGACCAGCAGCCUGUCCGAGCUCUGCCAUGGGGCAGCCGACAGUCCAGCACAUUAUCCACCAACCGAUUCAGUCUAGGCCUUUAGUCACUACCUCUACGGCAGUGCUGCCUACAGUAGUGGCUCCAGUGACUGCCACCAGACCUCAGUCUCCGGUUAUCACCACAGUAGCUGCCCACUCUGGAGACAUGUUACAUGGACGCUCAGCGGUGACAAUCCACCCACCCCAAGCGACCCUGAGUAUCCAGCGCCCUCCGCCCUCACGGGACACGCCCACACGCAUCACCCUCCCCUCCCACCCUGCCAUUGCUGCUCAGAAAGCCCUUUCUCACUCUGUUGCACAGAAGCCCAUUUUCAGCACUGUGACACCUCUUGCUGCCGCAACAGUUGCUCCAAUUCAGGCCACCAGUACUGCACCAUCACCAACUACAACAGGCUCCACCACCCACACUCAAAUAUCCAGUAGCAGCAUUGUCACUAUGACUGUGGCCUCCCACUCCUCUCAUGCCACAGCAGUGACCACAUCCACCAUCCCUGUGGCUAAAGUGGUCCCACAGCCCAUCACACACACGUCACCACGUAUCCAAUCCGAAUACACUGGAGAAAGGGGCAACCUUAUCCCUAUCUCUGGUCACCGCUCUUCUCCCAACCCCAUCACCAUGGAGAACCGCACUGACAACAGACAAUCUGUUCCAGUGCAGUUUCAGUACUUCCUGCCCACCUACCCUUCAGCGCCGUACCCACUGACCCACACGUACACCCCCAUCACCAGCUCUGUGUCAUCUAUACGCCCUUAUUCAGUAACUGCUCAGACGCCCAGUGCAGCCAUGACCGCCCAAGCCAGUGUAGGAGUCGCAUCUGCAGUUCAUCUGAACUCUAUGCAGCUGAUGACGGUGGACCACAUCACCCAGAUAAACCCUCAGAACAUCCAACCCACUUCCAUGACAGCGCAGGGCAUGCAACCAACGCCCAUCCCAGCCCAGGGCCUGCAUACGUCUGCCCAGAUCACCGCCCCAAGCAUUCAGCCUACACCAGUCAGCCAACAACAGCCCCCGACAGAGUCUAAAGCCUCAGUUGUUCUGGCCGAUGGUUCCACACUAGUGGCUAACUCUAUAAGCAAUGCAUUCAGCAGUAGUCAGCCUGCCACCACUGUGGCCCAGACGCACAAUCAGAGUGCCAACGCUGGAGCCUCCUCACUUGUGACAUCCCCUCGACCCAGUAUUUUGCGCAAGAAACCUGUCAAUGAGGGUGCUGCUGUUAGGAAGAACCUGAUCCCAGGUCCGCUCAGUGACUCCACAACCCCCAGAAUCGAUGGACCCAUCAGGAGUGCAUCAGGAUCUCCUUGUCCUGCAGGACUGAAGCCCAAACCUGACAUCCACAUGAGUCUCGCUCCAUCAGUAACUGCAGCGGUAGAGACGAUUCCUAGCCAUGGAACUGAACAGCAACCUCAACCUCCCUCCCAGCUGGCUUCUCAACCUCUCACCUCCCUUCUGACAUCAGCAACAGCCCCCUCUCAUCCCACUCCUGCUCUUUCAGCUAUACCUGCUGCCAUGGCAGUCACCCCGCCAGUCCCCUCCAUGGCCAAUGUAGUGGCCCCGCCCACUCAGCCAACAGUCAGCACUAAUUCAGCAUGUUCCAUCAGCUCCACCCUCCCAGAGAUGAAUAUUAAGCAGGAAGUGGAGCCUCUGGAUAGUACAAAAACAGUGGCAUCAGGGCCAAACAGUGGUGCACAGAUGUUGGCAGUCCCUGCCACAGACAUCACCCCUGGAGCCUCACCCAGAAAGAAGCCCCGCAAGCAACAGCAUGUCAUCUCCACUGAGGAGAACGAAAUGAUGGAGACCAACAGCACAGAUGAGGAGAAGUUCCCACCCAAACCCCUCAGCCAACGUGCAGAGAAACGCAAGUCCCCUCCUAAAGAAUACAUUGAUGAAGAGGGAGUUCGGUAUGUUCCUAACCGAGUUCGGCCUCCGAUCACUCUCCUGCGUCACUACCGUAACCCCUGGAAGGCAGCAUACCAUCACUUUCAGAGAUACAGUGACAUCCGUGUCAAGGAGGACAAGAAAGGCACCCUGCAGGAUGUGGCCAAUCAGAAAGGGGUGGUGUGCAGAGCCCAGGGCUGGAAAAUUCACCUCUGCGCUGCUCAGCUCAUGCAGCUGACGAAUCUGGAGCGUGAUGUUUACAGUCGUCUGACGACUCUCCAGGAAGGCCUCGUUCCGAAGAAGAAGGCUGGAGCCAGUGAUGAUCUUCACCGUAUAAAUGAACUCGUACAGGGGAACAUGCAGCGCUGCAAGCUGGUGAUGGACCAGAUCACAGAAGCCCGUGAUUCCAUGUUGAAGGUGCUGGAUCACAAAGAACGUGUCAUGAAGCUGCUCAACAAGAACAGCAGCACAAAGAAGCUCAAUAAGCUGAAGCGUAAGGACAGAGCGUGAGACAAACUGAACAGAUAUGAGACCGAGUUCAGCAUGACCACAGACCCCUGUAUUCAUCUGGCAAGCCCUUCCUUUCCCAGAAUCUGUAGGGAACAACAAUGUUUAAUUAACCACAACAUCCAUCUUUAACUGUAUUUUCACUGAAAUACAAAUGUCUCAAUGUUUUGUUUCAAUCAAGACGUUUUAACCCAACAAAGUAACAAAGAGGUUACUUUAGAGAAGUUGCUGGGUGUUGAAGAUUCCAUUUUAUUCAGAGUUAUAAUCAUCCAUAGAUGAACCACAGAUAUCAGUAAAAGCAAUGCUGUACAUCUUCAAGUCUAUAGAUUAUAUUCACCACUUUUUCAUUUGGGUGCCUUGAAUGAUGACCUGGUAUUGACAGUCUGUACUGUAUCAAACACCAAAUGGCAGUAUUACGUAAUGGCUGUUCUUUGAACAGAAAGGUUUCCAUUUUGUAUUGUAGUUUUCAAAACAAUAAGAAUUGAGAAGCCAUAAGAGCACCACACCAUCCUCUCUGUCCUAGGUGAUUGAAAUUUUUUACACGUGUAUUGUGGGAAACGUUAAAGAUGCUUUGGUGAAAUGGAGUAUUGUGCCUUUUCGUGUGCCUCAUAUGACAUGGGUUUUGUGUGAUGGAAGCAGUUCCUCUGUGGUUCCUCUGGUUUAAUGGAGUCUGAAUGUCUGCGUCAUUUUCACGUUCUCACCUCACUGCCUGUCGAUUUGGGAGGAAUGAUUCAUGUAUCAGCAGUCUUGCAAGUGCUGCUGCAGCUCCAGGGAGGUUGGAGGGAUUUUAUUCAAGCAUUAAAGAUGGUAAAAAAUCAUGUUCAGAUAUGACAUGUCUAUCAGAAUUUAGAGGAGAGAUUUGAUUGUGCAUAUGCACAAAGUUGUGUAUCUAAGUUAAACCUAAGUAUAUAAAAAAAAAGUAAGCCCUCUUUUUUUGUUGUUCGUAAAUGAACAAUAUUAUGUUUAUUUUUCCACUUAAGCACUGUCAUCUGUGGCAAAGAUAAAACAUUGUACACGGUUUCAUUUUGAAUUACAUUUCAUGUUGCACUUCGCUGCUGAAGUAAAGACAAUUUGUACAUGAA